AUGAACGAGCCGAACCAUCCCCCACCAUCUUACAGCAUUCUCGAUUCAACUUCCAACACCACUUUCAAUCCAUCCACAUACACCACUCCAGGUCCGCCUCCUUAUACCGCUUCCGAUCUGCCUCCCUACACUACUUCUGCACCACGUGUUCAGAACAGACCGAACCCACUCUCCACACACAUCGAAUAUCUUCCCGUUACUCCUAGCCUCUUCCACGCUUCCCUUCAUUCAGUAUACCAUACAUAUGGAAGCAACGAUAUCGAGUCUGGAUUAAACACAGAGGCCACUCCGCCGGAUCGCUCAUUGGGAGCUCAUCAAACGGACCAAACAUCGACGACCCAGUACUUAUUGAGCAGGGACAUGGCUUCGGACUUGUCGUCGGUUAAGCAAAGGUGGAUGUAUUUAUUGGCUGUCGUGCUCUGUUCGUGUGUCGUCUUCACAAGCAUCGUCUUCGUCGUCAUCCUCGUCCGUUAUGAUAGGGAUCAAGCACGAAGGAUCGGUAGUAUCAGGUGA